AUGUCUCAAGAAGAACAAGAACAACAACAUCCAACCGCCGUUGAACAAACGACAAUCCCUUCUGCAACUGAAAAUAUUCCAGAAUCUGAAUCCACCCCAGUGACUGAAACUGCAGAAACUUCUACCGAACCAGAAUCCGCAGACCCUGUUUCAGAGGCUCCAGCUGCUGGUGAGCAAUCUGCAGAAAAUCAAGAAUCUUCUGUAGUCCCAGCUAGUGCCACUCAAGGUGGUAGAGAAACUUCUGAUAGAGUUCUUUACGUGGGUAAUUUGGAUAAAUCCAUCAAUGAAGAUUUAUUGAAACAAUAUUUCCAAGUUGGUGGACAAAUUACUGAUGUUAAGAUUAUGGUGGAUAAGAAAAAUAAUAAUGUCAAUUAUGCAUUCAUUGAAUAUUUAAAAUCUCAUGAUGCUAACGUUGCCUUGCAAACUUUGAAUGGUAUUCAAAUUGAAGGCAAGACUGUAAGAAUUAACUGGGCUUUCCAAUCUCAACAAACUACUAAUUCAGAUGAUACUUUCAACUUAUUUGUUGGUGAUUUGAACGUUGAUGUCGAUGAUGAAACUUUAAGUCACGCCUUCGAUCAAUUCCCAUCCUAUGUACAAGCUCAUGUUAUGUGGGAUAUGCAAACUGGCAGAUCAAGAGGUUACGGGUUUGUAUCCUUUGCUGAUCAAGAACAAGCUCAAGAAGCUAUGAAUGUUAUGCAAGGUAUGCCAAUUAACGGUAGAGCAGUAAGAAUAAACUGGGCUACUAAGCGUGAAAAUAAUAAUAAUAACAAUGGUAAUGGUCCUCGUCGUGGUGGAUUCCAUAACAAUAAUAAUAUGGGAGGUAACAGAGGAGGUAUGAUCCCACCAACUGCCUUGGGAAUGCCACCAAUGGAUGGUAUGAUUCCAAACCCACAACAACAAGCUCCUGUUGCACCACCUCCAGUUAACCCACAAGCUAUCGAUGAUAUGAUUAGAAGAGCUCCUCCAAGAGUUACUACCGCUUAUAUUGGUAAUAUUCCUCAUUUUGCCACUGAAGCUGAUUUGAUCCCAUUAUUGCAAAAUUUCGGUUUCAUCUUAGAUUUCAGUCAUUACCCAGAAAAGGGUUGUUGUUUCAUUAAAUAUGAUACUCAUGAACAAGCCGCAGUUUGUAUUGUCGCUUUAGCUAAUUUCCCAUUCCAAGGUAGAAAUUUGAGAACUGGUUGGGGUAAAGAAAGAAAUACUUUCAUCCCACCACAACAGCAACAACAACAGCAACAGCAACAACCUGGUAUGAUGCCAAUCAUGAUGACUGACCCUCAACAACAACAGCAACAACAGCAACAAUCUCCACCUCCUCAACAACAACAACAAUAA